UUGAGGUGCGUUUCGAGGUUCUUGCCAGGUGUUCUAACACUGUUAGACGAUUAAGAGUGGCGAGUGGGUGGGGGAGUACAAGUCAGCCACUUCGGCGAAGAAUUCCUCUGCUCUCUUGAUGAGCUUCUCUGCGUUUGGAUGCAGGGUCGACAUUGUGGGAGGUAGACUUGUCGACAGUUGUUAUUUCAAAGCGAUAAGCGAUCGCAAAGCGAUAAGCGAUCGCGGGGAUCUUUAAGAUCUGGGGAAUGCGGAGAGAAAUGGAGAUCCGAGGCUGGAGACGCUCUCGGACACCAAUCACGGCAGUUAGCUUACAGCGCAGUCUCUAGCGGGGUAUGCAUUGUUAUAAAGCCUCGUGAACAUGGUAGUGCCUGUCUGGCUCUUACUCCAGGAUAACUUGGAAUAUCGCAAUGUCGUCCUCGGUCGAUCUACUAAUCAUCGGCGCAGGUACAAAUCCACAUUCGAUAUACCCAUCCAUUUGAGUACUAAUAAUGCAGGCCUCCACGGCCUCAUCAUGGCCAAGACCUACCUUGAGAUCCAUCCAGCCGCAACCCUGCUCGUCGUAGACGAAGCCCACUCUGUCGGAGGCACCUGGGCCGCCGAGCGGCUGUACCCUGGGUUAAAGACCAACAACGUGUUUGGGUCUUACGAGCUGAGUGAUUUUCCCAUGGUCGCUGAGAAAUAUGAAGUGGAUGGGACAGGUCAUAUUCCUGGUCAUGUAGUGCAUGAGUAUCUGUGCGACGUUGCUGAUCAUUUCGGGAUUACGCCGUGUCUUCGACUUGGUACAAGGGUUACUUCAGCUGAACUGAAUGAUAAGGGUGUAUGGGAGGUUAGGGUUGAAUCUACUAAUGAACCAGGAAUAAUUGAUAGCAUUCUAGCUACCAGACUGGUAGUUGCGACAGGACUUACAUCGAAGCCCCAUAUACCAAACAUACCUGGCUCCGAGACGUUCGGCGGUCUUAUUGUCCACUCAAAGCAGCUCAAGGAGCACGCUCAACCACUGGCAAAGAGCAGGCGAGUAGUCGUGGUCGGUGGAAACAAGUCCGCCUGGGACGUCUGCUAUACCGCUGUCCAGUCUGGCUCCCAGGUUGACAUGGUCAUCCGGCCAUCAGGAGGCGGCCCCAGCUAUCUCUGGCCGCGGAGCUUCUCCCUUGGUCCGUUCAAGACAUCACUGGCAAAGCUUUCUACAACAAGGUUCUUUACCCUCUUCGAUCCAGCGCCGUUCUACCGGAGCGGGAAGUUCUCAUGGAUGAAAUGGGUACUCCACCGCACAGCACUUGGGCAAAGAAUCUGUCGAUACUUCUGGACGUACCUCGAUUCUAUUAUUCGAGGAAUCAACGGGUACAGCACACAUCCCGAACUAAAGAAACUGGGGCCGUGGACGACUCCAUUCUGGAUGGGGAACUCGCUAAGCGUGCAUAACUACGAGACGAGCUGGUUUGACCUGGUCCGAGACGGGAGGAUACGAGUGCAUAUCACAGAUCUGGCAAGCCUUUCGCCUGGAGAGGUCCAUCUAGGGAAUGGGGAGAUACUCGAUGCCGAUGCUCUAGUGCUUUGCACGGGGUGGGCGACUGAUAUCCCUGUGAAAUUAGGCGUGCUGGAAACCGGUGAUUUGAAUGAUGGCAAGGAGGCCGUAAAGACGGUCUAUGAUAGUGUUCCUUACCUGGAAAGCCUGCCUCGACGGACAUCCAGCGCUCCUAUAUGUGGAACAGUGUCGCCCGGCAAACUGACAGACUUUCCAUUGCUGUACCGCGAUAUGAUCCCAGCGCAGACAUCCAUUAAGCAAAGAAACCUCGCGUUCAUCGGUAUGUCUGUCUCUAUCCACGCCGCGCUGGUCGCGCAAGCACAAUCCCUCUGGAUCGCCGCAUUCUUUGAGGACAAAAUCGAGCAUCUCAACUCUGAAAAUUGUAGCUUGGAGAAUGUGAAAAACCGCGCUUUUCUCGAGAGGACAUACGGCGAGAUUCGCCGACCCCGAGAGACAGGCGGGUUGGCUGGACAACACGCAGAUCUGGUGUUUGAUAGCCUGCCUUAUGUUGAUGAGUUAUUGGGUGACCUGGGGCUGAUGGCAAACAGGAAGGGGAAUUGGUGGAGAGAGCUGACGGAGGCAUAUUCGCCGGGAGAUUUCAAGGGAUUGGUGCACGAGUGGUUGGGAUUAAGACUGCAGUGUUACUUGAGUUGACAGAUAAGAAGGCAAUAAUGAAUUCUGAAGGGGUUAUAAUCCUCUGCAGGGUGAAAUAUAUCCCAUCAAUGACG